AUGGAGGUGCUGGGAGAGGGGGCCUAUGCUGUCGUCCAGACCUGUAUCAACCUCAUCACCCAGAAGGAAUAUGCUGUCAAGGUUCGAAUGACCUUCCCCUCUACUCUUCUCCUCCUCUUCUCCACUCUUAUCCUCCUCUUCUCCACUCCCGUUGUGGGAUGUGAUAGAUCACAAAUUAUUACUACCGCUAUCAUAAAACAAAAGAAUUUACGCAAUGUGGCUGACGCAACAGAUCAGAACGUUUAGCUUAAAAUGUUGAUAAACUAUUAGGCUAUUUCUUCACAUUUAUAAGUGCAGCAAUGCGCCCACAUGGCAGUGGGCUAUAAGCGUGAAUGUUCCAUUAGCAGGAAAACACCAUUAUCAAAAGUGACUGCACAUGCGAUUAUGCAUGUAAUGCUUUUAUUAUAAAGGUGCAUUUUUAUGGUGGAAAUGACUUUCCCCAAACUUGAAACUGACGCGCUGCGUAUGUAUGCCAGUUAGGCUCUAAACCCCUUAUAAAGCGGAUUAAUGGCUUAAUGUUAUGUUAUUUGGCCAGUGUAGUUGUGAUACAAACCUUAUCAAAACAUAUAGGCUCGGCUACAUGAGGUGUGCGACUUUGAUUCGAAAAAGUCGCUAACAAAAGGCAUUUUCUUAUUUACAUUUUUAGUCAUUUAGCAGACGCUCUUAUCCAGAGCGACUUACAGUUAGUGAGUGCAUAAUUUUUUUUUUUAAUCAUGCUGGCCCCCCGUGGGAAUCGAACCCACAACCCUGGCGUUGCAAACACCAUGCUCUACCAACUGAGCUACAUCCCUGCCCAUCCAUUCCCUCCCCUACCCUGGACGACGCUGGGCCAAUUGUGCACUGCCCCGUGGGUCUCCCGGUCGCGGCCGGCUACGACAGAGCCUGGAUGCUGGGCAUCAUUCACAAGUGAUAAUAUAUAAUUCACAAGUGAUAGGCUAAUAUUGUCAACCAUCAGACUUCUUUAUUUAAUCUCGUCUUUACAUAUACUAAAUAAUAUAGAUUUAGAAUGGACCAUUAUCAUGCACGGGAAAAAAUACACGUCAUAUAUGCACUUAAAUGGAGGAGGCUUUUCCUGUGGUUAAUUUCCAUGCCAGCCAGGUAGGCUAUACUCCUGUUGGAAAGAUAAACAAUGUGCUUAAAAUUAGGAAAGUUGAUAAAUAAAUAUAGUAGGCCUAGCCUAUAGAAAGCUGAUGGGAUCCUCCUCUUUUUAAUAGAGGCCAUCACUCUGUUUUCUCACGCAAUUGCACAGCCUAUAGAAAUGCUGGGCAACAUGAGCUCAUGGGCUCUCAUGAAGUGUUUGAUUAGAUUUUCGAUUUACAUUUGCAUUGAUGUCAGAGUGAUUAGAGGGACAAUAGAGUGCUGAGUACCAGGCAGUAGUAGCUGGUAGCUCAGCUGGUAGAGCACGGCGCUUGUAACGCCAAGGUAGUGGGUUCGAUCCCCGGGACCACCCAUACACAAAAAUGUAUGCACACAUGACUGUAAGUCGCUUUGGAUAAAAGCGUCUGCUAAAUGGCAUAUUAUAUAUAUUAUAUUAUAUAUAUUAUAUUAUAUUAUAUUAUAUUAUAUAUUAUAUAGUUAGCAAGUUGGGUAGGCUACUAAUGACCAUCAGCAGCAUCAGAGCUUGGAGAAGCCUAGUUACCGUGACUAAACGGUCACGUGGAAUUUGACUGCCUCCACCGCCCUAGUUAGUAUAGAUAGUAUACAGUACCUUGUUAAUGUUGUAGGGUGUCAGGGGUUGAAUAUCAACACAAGGCUCAGACCGCUGACAGGGCACGCGUUGCACUCUGCUCUUACCUACGUCUGGAACUAAACUAGGGACUGGAGACCAUGUGACUUUUCAUUCUCUGCUACCUGGAGAACUUAACCCUAAGCUGCAUCCCAAACGGUGCAGUAUUGACCAGGGAUAGGGCUCUGGUCUAAAGUAGUGCACUAUGUAGGGAAUAGGGUGCCAUUCUCUGGUCUAAAGUAGUGCACUAUAUAGGGAAUAGGGUACCAUUCUCUGGUCUAAAGUAGUGCACUAUAUAGGGAAUAGGGUACCAUUCUCUGGUCUAAAGUAGUGCACUAUAUAGGGAGUAGGGUACCAUUCUCUGGUCUAAAGUAGUGCACUAUAUAGGGAAUAGGGUGCCAUUCUCUGGUCUAAAGUAGUGCACUAUAUAGGGAAUAGGGUACCAUUCUCUGGUCUAAAGUAGUGCACUAUAUAGGGAAUAGGGUACCAUUCUCUGGUCUAAAGUAGUGCACUAUAUAGGGAAUAGGGUGCCAUUCUCUGGUCUAAAGUAGUGCACUAUAUAGGGAAUAGGGUACCAUUCUCUGGUCUAAAGUAGUGCACUAUAUAGGGAAUAGGGUGCCAUUUGGGAUGCAACCUCAGAUAUUCUCACUGUUUGUCAUCAGCCAGCCACAACUAUUUGUCAUAUACACAAACUUCCCUUCAUUCAGACUGUUGGGAAAUAUCUAGGCAGAGUGGGAAGACUUGAGGUGGUUAGGUAUGUUUUGUUUUUAGUAUUUUGGCAUAGCUUUUUGCUGCCUCAGAUUUCUGUUGUUUUGGUAGCUGUGAGAUCUGAUUAUCACUGCGUGGUGUGCCCUGUAGCCAGUGUUUUAGUUAAAGCCCUCCAGGACAGUUGGCGCUGUGGUCUUUCCCUGUAGCCAGUGUUUUAGUUAAAACCCUCCAGGACAGUUGGCGCUGUGGUCUUUUGUCCUGCAGCCAGCUGCUAACUCAGCACAGAAACUUCCUCUUGUGAUUGUUCAGUACCCCGGCAUGUCUCUGUCAGCCAAUCACAGCCAAGGGUGGGUGGUCAUGUUCUCCUCUUUCAUCCAAUGCCAUGAACAGAAUGUACAACCUGCAGGAGGAAAAGGAACGACCCCCUUUGUGAACCAGGGAGGGGUGGUGUUUAUGUAGUAUUGUUUUCACAUGGGCCACGUCCCAAAUGGCACCCUAUCCGCUAUAUAUCGCGCACUACUUUUGACCCGGACUCACAGGGCUCUGGUCAAAAGUAGUGCACUAUGUAGGGAAUAGGACGCUGCCAUGUUCUGUACGUCUCCUACUGGGCCGAGGAAUUUGAAACGGUCCUUUGUCCUCAAGUGGGCUGCUGCUGGUUACAUAAGUUGUUUCUCUGCUAGUGUGGAAUGUCCUCUUCUAAAGCAGUUCACCAACGUGAUCAGAUCACAUCCCUGGCUUGUACUCUGGAGAUAAACGUUUCUCGGUAGGUAAAAUAAAAACAGCUCAGGAACUUUGAACCUUAAGAGUGUAAGCCGGGGGAGGGGGUGGGUGUUCUCCUAAAGCUAUAGGAAAUUGUUUUAAGGUCAUACCAAGGAUCAUUUUGCUGUUAGAUUUUGAAUUUUAAGACCUGUUGAAGUAUCAAAAAUAUAUAUAUAAAAAAUGGAGCCUUACUGCUAUAGUCUCAUACAAACGCAUUGAAUUACAUAAAAAAAAAAAACAUUUUUGUCAUUUAGCAGACGCUCUUAUCCAGAGCGACUUACAGGAGCAAUUAGGGUUAAGUGCCUUGCUCAAGGGCACAUCGACAGAUUUUUCACCUAGUCGGCUCGGAGAUUAGCAUACAUUUUUGUGUGUGUAUGGGUGGUCCCGGGGAUCGAACCCACUACCUUGGCGUUACAAGCGCCGUGCUCUACCAGCUGAGCUACAGAGGACCACAUGAAGUGGUAAAUGAAGUCUGUUUUUACAUCCAUUGAGAAUGACAAUAGUUCCUCAGCGUAGCCUAUUUGAAAAUCUUUCCAGCUCUCUCCCUUUCAAUAACCACUCAGCGUGAAAGGGGAAAACACAGUAAUGCUCUGAUCCGGUGGAAAUGUCAUUAAAAUAGGCCUUCCUGAUUACUUCUUAUCCUUAGCCUACAGCUGUUGUCUGGGGAAUACUGUGGGCCCAGAAUAUUUUAUACAAUGUUGCAAGUUUGCUAGCAAGCUUCAGGCCGGACCCAAAUGUUUCAAAUUCGUUGGCUAUGCAUGGCCUGUCUGCAAUGUGAUUUUUAAGAUAUUUAUUUUCAUCCGGAUAUUUUCUAACUGCGGGUUGCAAUUUUAUGUGUGUGUGUAUAUAUAUAUAUAUAUAUAUAUAUUAUUUUUUUUUUAUUUACUUUUCAGGACCCUGUCUUUCAAAGAUAAAAAAAUCCAAAUAACUUCACAGAUCUUCAUUGUAAAGGGUUUAAACACUGUGUCCUAUGCUUGUUCAAUGAACCAUAAACAAUUAAUGAACAUGCACCUGUGGAACGGUCGUUAAGACACUAACAGCUUACAGACGGUAGGCAAUUAAGGUCACAGUUAUGAAAACUUGAGACACUAAAGAGGCCUUUCUACUGAGCGCGAUGAGCCAAGUAAAGCCCCUGGCCAAACCCCGGCUCCUGCCUGCCGCCCCAAAUGUGACGUAAUUAUCUGUACAAAGACUUGUGUUAUUGUUUUGAAAAAGCUAUUGUUACUUAGCUCCUGCUGUCAUUUUAAGUCUGGUUCCUCAGGCAGAUGGCUGGUCGUUUGAAGAAAGGAAAUGAGGGUAGCACCACCCCCCCACCCCCCCCCCACCCCCCACCCCCCAAGCCCUGGAGACACUGCCUGCACACAUCAGCUGACGGCAUCAGUGUGGCCGACAUGAAACUUGGUGUUACUGUUAUCAUUUGUUGAUUCAAUUGGAAAUGGAUUACAUGCAGGAGUAUACGGAGUGCAGGGUUAGGCUACAAAUGAGUUUCAGCUCGCUGCUGACUCAGGCACAUGUUGCGGACGCUGUGUGUGUGUGAGCGAAGCAGUGGCCCUAGCAUCUGUGUACUAAUCCCUGACGCCCAUUCAGCGUUUGCAUAGCUACCCGCAAUGGGGAGGCCACCAAACCACCCACCCCCAACUGGCAGCAGGCUGGGUCACUUCCCAACACACACACACACACACGGGCGGCAGGUAGCUUAGUGGUUAAGAGCGUAGUGGCAGUAACUGAAAGGUCGCUGGUUCUAAUCCCCAAGCCGACUAGGUGAAAAAUCUGUCGAUGUUGCCCUUGAGCAAGGCACUUAACCCUAAUUGCUCCUGUAAGUCGCUCUGGAUAAGAGCGUCUGCUAAAUGAAAAAAAAUUAAAUAUAUGAAAACACCCCCCAACUGGCAGCAGGCAGGGUCACUCCCCAACACACACCCCCAACUGGCAGCACCGGAAUAUGGCAGAGUUCCCUGCUGAGUACGCCGUCUUGUCCCUCUAGUCAAGCGACUGGUGCCUCCACACACGGUCCCAGCUGCCGUUGACCAUGGCAUAAAACCAACAAACAUUAUCGACGUGAUAAGUGUAACACCAUAAGCAUGCAUAAAACAUUUAUUUACAUUAGGGCUGUCCCCAACUACAAAAACAUCUUGGUGUAUCGAAAUUGGUCAAUUUUUAAACUUCCAUAGACACAUCUUGUGUUUCUAAUAAAAUCAACUAUAUGUAUUGAUCUUGUCUAAUGCUGAAGCACACUGUUUGAUGAAAUUAAGUCACAAAUGACUCAAAAGGGAGCCAGAGAUCUAGAUAACCAGAAGAAAAUAACCUUAACCUGACCCGACCAUCCUCCUGCUGGCUUUCGCGGAGUUUGUCGUUACUCUCCUGAAGUUGCAGCUAAUAGGCUACACGAGGAGUCGGCAACCUUUCUCAUGUGGAAUACCAAUUUAUCUUAACAUUCCUACCUAUCUGCGUGCCAGAUAUGGUUUCCUUUAAUUUAUAUUAUACCACAGCAUUGUUGAAUACUUGUUUCUGAUUGGUUAGAAGGGCAUUCUAGAAUGGACAUUUUAAAACCAGUUAAUGGUACAGCUGGAAAAGAUAUUGGGACAGUUGGAAAAUACAUUAUAUACACUACCAGUCAAAAGUUUGGACACACCUACUCAUUCAAGGGUUUUUCUUUAUUUUUACUAUUUUCUACAUUGUAGAAUAAUAGUGAAGUCAUCAACUAUGAAAUAACACGUAUGGAAUCAUGUAGUAACCAGAAAAGUGUUAAACAAAUCAAAAUAUAUUUUAGGAGUUCCCACAUAUCCUGAGCACUUGUUGGCUGCUUUUCCUUCACUCUGCGGUCCAACUCAUCCUAAACCAUCUCAAUUGGGUCAAGGUCGGGGGAUUGUGGAGGCCAGGUCAUCUGAUGCAGCACGUAAUCACACUCUUUCUUGGUCAAAUAGCCCUUACACAGCCUGGAGGUGUGUUGGGUCAUUGUCCUGUUGAAAAUCACAUGAUAGUCCCACUAAGCUUAAACCAGAUGGGAUGGCGUAUCGCUGCAGAAUUCUGUGGUAGCCAUGCUGGUUAAGCGUGCCUUGAAUUCUAAAUAAAUCACAGACAGUGUCACCAGCAAAGCACUAUCACACCUCCUCCUCCAUGCAGAGAUCAUCCGUUCCCCUACUCUGCGUCUCACAAAGACACAGCGGUUGGAGCCAAAAAUCUCAAAUUUGGACUCAUCACACCAAAGGACAGGUUUCCACCAGUCUAAUGUCCAUUGCUUGUGUUUCUUGGCCCAAGCAAGUAUCAUCUUCUUAUUGGUGUCCUUUAGUAGUGGUUUCUUUGCAGCAAUUCGUCCAUGAAGGCCUGAUUCACACAGUCUCCUCUGAACAGUUGAUGUUGAGAUGUAUCUGUUACUUGAAGUCUGUGAAGCAUUUAUUUGGGCUGCAAUCUGAGGUGCAGUUAACUCUAAUGAACUUAUCCUCUGCAGCAGAGGUAACUCUGGGUCUUCCUUUCCUGUGGCGGUCCUCAUGAGAGCUAGUUUUAUCAAAAAAUAUUUGCGACUGCAUUUGAAACUUUCAAAGUUCUUGAAAUAUUCCGGAUUGACUGACCUUCAUGUCUUAAAAUAAUGAUGGACUGUCGUUUCUCUACGCUUAUUUGAGCCGUUCUUGCCAUAAUAUGGACUUAGCCCUAUUUGGUAAAAUACUAUCUUCUGUAUACCACCCCUACAUUGUCAUAACACAACUGAUUGGCUCAAACGCAUUAAGAAGGAAAAUAUUCCACUAAUUCACUUUUAACAAGGCACACCUGUUAAUUGAAAUGCAUUCCAGGUGACUACCUCAUGAAGCUGGUUGAGAGAAUGCCAAGAGUGUGCAAAGCUGUCAUCAAGGCAAAGGGUGGCUAUUUGAAUCUCAAAUAUAAAAUAUAUUUAGAUUUGUUUAACACUUUUUUUGGUUACUACAUGAUGCCAUAUGUGUUAUUUCAUAGUUUUGAUGUCUUCACUAUUAUUCUACAAUGUAGAAAAUAGUAAAAAAUAAAGAAAAACCCUUGAAUGAGUAGGUGUCCAAACUUUUGACUGGUACUGUGUGUGAGAUUUUUUAUUUUUAUGUAAGUGUUUUUCUAAAUAAGCUUUGUUGCACAAUUUAAAUGUCAAUACACUGCAUUUCAAACAGUCAUGAAUAAUCAAAUGAAUUCAGGGCUUAUAAAAUUAGACCUAGGCUAAAUAUAAGCCUCCCACAACCCUAAGACCAACUAAUCAUUUAAUUAUUUUGUCAAAAUAUUUUGUUGCAAUAAUCACUGAUCUGGCUUUCAAGUCUGUCUAUGAAAAUUGCCUUUUGUUCCAAAUGUUACCAGAACCAUACACUUCCUCCUCUACUGACCGACCUCUGGUAGCAGGCGGUGUACUGACGACCUCUGGUAGCAGGCGGUGUACUGACCGACCUCUGGUAGCAGGCAGUGUACUGACCGACCUCUGGUAGCAGGCAGUGUACUGACCGACCUCUGGUAGCAGGCAGUGUACUGACCGACCUCUGGUAGCAGGCGGUGUACUGACCGACCUCUGGUAGCAGGCGGUGUACUGACCGACCUCUGGUAGCAGGCGGUGUACUGACCGACCUCUGGUAGCAGGCAGUGUACUGACCGACCUCUGGUAGCAGGCAGUGGUACUGACCGACCUCUGGUAGCAGGCGGUGUACUGACCGACCUCUGGUAGCAGGCGGUGUACUGACGACCUCUGGUAGCAGGCAGUGUACUGACCGACCUCUGGUAGCAGGCAGUGUACUGACCGACCUCUGGUAGCAGGCAGUGUACUGACCGACCUCUGGUAGCAGGCAGUGUACUGACCGACCUCUGGUAGCAGGCAGUGUACUGACCGACCUCUGGUAGCAGGCAGUGGUAGCAGGCAGUGUACUGACCGACCUCUGGUAGCAGGCAGUGUACUGACCGACCUCUGGUAGCAGCAGUGUACUGACCGACCUCUGGUAGCAGGCGGUGUACUGACCGACCUCUGGUAGCAGGCGGUACUGACCGACCUCUGGUAGCAGGCGGUGUACUGACCGACCUCUGGUAGCAGGCGGUGUACUGACCGACCUCUGGUAGCAGGCGGUGUACUGACCGACCUCUGGUAGCAGGCGGUGUACUGACCGACCUCUGGUAGCAGGCGGUGUACUGACCGACCUCUGGUAGCAGGCGGUGUACUGACCGACCUCUGGUAGCAGGGCGGUGUACUGACCGACCUCUGGUAGCAGGCGGUGUACUGACCGACCUCUGGUAGCAGGCGGUGUACUGACCGACCUCUGGUAGCAGGCGGUGUACUGACCGACCUCUGGUAGCAGGCGGUGUAGAACAAUAACACAGAUCUCAUGAGCAGUCUCGAGCACCAGCCCACCUGCUAGUGAGUAGCCAGCUAAUCAUUAUAUCAAGUUGAGCCAACUUGGAUCUAUUUGCUUGCUAACAAGGUAGAACAUUUAAACUAUUAUGAAUACACCCUCCUGCCCCUCUCCCAUCUGUUUUGAAAAUAGCCUGUUCAAUUUGUUUAGAUGUUGAAAUCAAAUGGCCUGCCUGUAUAAGAUGCUUAUUUCUCAGAAUGAAAACACGUUUCCAGUUUAUUUUUAUUUUUAUGGACGUUUAUUAAACAGACUAGACAGCUAGCGCAUAAGUCUGUGGCUAAAAUGCUGCUAGCUGUACUUGGUACUGCAAUUCCUCACAUGACAGAAACUGAGUAUUAAUUUUCCAGUCAUGUUCAGUGAUGCUCUAGUUUGAUUAGGGUCUGCGCUGUUCUACAUUUUGGGGAGUUGAGACAUAAAAAGGGUAUCGUUAGAAAGGUCCAGUUCUUGUGUAUUACAGAAUAACGUCUCAGUGUUUUGGUGUCCAUAUGACCCAUUCUGUUGGACCAAACCUCAAAUGGAAAUAGGCAGUUUAAACUGCUUGUCAGAGGAAGAAGUUGUAUUUUGUUGUGAGUGGCAGGUGGAGGGGCUUGGUGUCUGUGGAGUGGGAAGGUUCACAGUGGACACAGUUCAGAGGGAGGGGCUUGGUGUCUGGAGUGGGAAGGUUCACAGUGGACACAGUACAGAGGGAGGGGCUUGGUGUCUGUGGAGUGGGAAGGUUCACAGUGGACACAGUUCAGAGGGAGGGGCUUGGUGUCUGUGGAGUGGGAAGGUUCACAGUGGACACAGUACAGAGGGAGGGGCUUGGUGUCUGUGGAGUGGGAAGGUUCACAGUGGACACAGUACAGAGGGAGGGAAGGAGACGAGACUAAAAAUACAUUGAACGCUCAUUAUUAUUUAUUUUUUAACUUGUUGCGAAACAGGCAUUCAAAUUCUAUAUAUCGCCCAGCCCUAGUUCUGCAAGCCCAAAGACACACUUCCUGUCUUUGUUAGCGAUGGAAGGAAGUGUGUUGAGAUCUAACAUGAAGUCCAGUUUCCUGCUAAUGCAGCUGGUCAGAGAAGGCCACCAUGUCUUCCACUAAUGGAUGUGUGGAGAAAGCGGGCUCUGGGGCCGGUGGCGUUAACAAGGUGGUACUUAUGAGUGAGUCAAGGUGAGGCCCGGAGGACUGAGAUUUGUGUGUUUUUUAACACCUGUAACCAGUGGAACUGCCACUUUCUGCCAGUGCAUUACGUGAUAAAGUAGAAAACACAGUGAUUUACAUUUAUUUAUUUCAUUGUAUAAAUAUUUUUCACAGUAUUUUUCCUGUCAUUUUCCUAGUAUUUCAUUUUCCAAUGGUUAAUAGAACAGGGACCAUAGGUAUGAAGGCCAGGCAUGUGCAGCAGCUUUAACAGAAUCCAACAGCCGUGUCGUGUUUCUUUAAAAAACUAAAGUGCCCUGUAAAACCAUCUAGGAGCACGUUUCAAUACCCCCUGAGUCAUCUGGGAUAGGUUUGUGUUGCACUUUUAAGUCACCAAAGAGCCAAACACUGUUCGUUCUUUGGGGAGAACCCUGCACCCUUUCAAUAAGAACAAAUUAUUCCCUUAAUAUGAAAAAGACUGAAAAUGAAUAACGUAUUGUUAAAUCUUGUUGAUUGUCCAGAUCAUCGAGAAGCGUGUGGGUCUCAGCCGGAGCAGAGUCUUCAGAGAAGUGGAGAUGCUCUAUCAGUGCCAGGGACACAGGUACAGAAGCCCCGCUGGGACACACAGAGCAGGAGCAUGGACUGCUGAGAUUCACUAUUAUACAGGAAUAGGCAUUAUUAUUAUAAAACUGUUGAUAACCACUGCUCUCCUCUCUCCUGUCCACAGAAACAUUCUGGAGCUAGUAGAGUUCUUUGAGGAAGAAGACAAAUUCUACUUGGUUUUUGAGAAACUAAGAGGAGGUCAGUGGAUAUAAAUCUUCAUUGCGAACUCUCCCAUCCAUAGAAAAUGAUGGUUCAGAUUCACCAGUUUUGUAAAUUUACACUGCACUCAAUCAGUAUUAUAUCUGAAAUGCGAACGCUUGAGGCAGUGUCUUCAGUGCACGGAGCCAGUUGAAUUGUUGUCUGAUCUUCUCCCCUCUGGGACCUCUGUAAUGCAGAAACUUGAGACCGUCUCUUCAUUAGGAGUUGGCGUUGUUUUGCUCCAUAUUAACCUCUCUCCUCCUGCAGGGUCAGUGUUGACCCACAUCCACCGUAGACAACACUUUAGUGAGCAGGAGGCCAGUUACGUGGUGCAGGACAUCGCCAGUGCUCUAAACUACCUCCAUAACAAGGGAAUGGCGCACAGGGACCUGAAGCCUGAAAACAUCCUGUGUGAGCAUGGGGACCGGGUGAGUCGGGGUGCACGCCAAUACUCCUCACAGACGGGCAUAGAUUAUACAGGAGAGCCAGAGUCCAGUCUAAAACACAAGCGCUAGAACUUUAAAUCCCAUCAUUCAGUCCCUGAAAACAUCCCGUGUGAGCACGGGGACCGGGUGAGUCAGGAUGCACGCCAAUACUCCUCACAGACGGGCAUAGAUUAUACGGGAGAGCCAGAGUAAAAAAUUAUAUUUUGGUAUGUUUCAUUAGUCCACUGUUCAUACAGUCCCGAAACGUUUUGCAUGUCAGCAAUCAAGUUUUCCAGAUGUAAAACUUUCGAAAUACAGCCAGUAUUAUGCGUUUUGCACAAGCAGUGGGCCUUUUAAUCUGAUCACUCAGUUCCUAACGUUGAUAGAUAAAUACAGUUAUGGUUCAGUAUAUUAUGAUAAAUAUAAUAAUGGGUAGUUACAUCCUAAUACAGCCUGUUACUAUGACGUGAUAAGGAUAACUUAAUAAAGGAUUACUUUUAUAAUAUCCCAAGGAAUACUUGUGAUAGUAUAAAAGUAAUCCUUCUACCCCCCCAUCCCCACAAAAUAUAAAAUAAAUAAAUACAUUAAUUAAUAAUAAUAAUAAAACAUAUUGUAAAGUGGUUAUCCCACUGGCUAUAGGGUGAAUGCACCAAUUUGUAAGUGGCUCUGGAUAAGAGCGUCUGCUAAAUGACGUAAACGUAAAGAUAUAGGAAGGCUUGUUAGUUAGUUUUAGUGAUUGUGGUAUCUGGGUAGCUGACUGGCCUACUUUAGUUGAAUACGCUGGAUAAGAACGUCAGGCGUCUAAAUGACUAAUCUGUGUGUUUACCUGCAGAUUUCACCAGUGAAGAUCUGUGAUUUUGACCUGGGCAGUGGCAUCAAGCUGAGCAGUGAC